CCAGUGAUUUCAUAAAGCAAUUUUUCGUGGGAAGUUGUGUGUGUAUGUGUGGGAAUAACGCUUUUGAUUUGCGCGGUAUGAACAGCACAAAUUAGCCGAGUUUUAUACUCUGGGUUUGCGUUUCUCCCAGUUGUCGUCUGGCUGUCAAUCGCUGCAGGAUUUGUUGGGAGUUUUCGGAGCGCCUCUCUGCAUCUGUGAAGAUGUUGCUGUGCCUGCUUUUCUUCCUGCCUGCACACUCCUCUGCUCAGCGAUCAGAGCCCAUGUUCUCUGCUGUAACCAAGACCACUCUACGUCCGGACUAUGAAAAUAACCCCAGCCAGCUCAACUAUGGCAUGGCAGUCACUGACGUGGAUGGGGACGGAGACCUGGAGAUAUUUGUAGCUGGAUACAAUGGUCCAAACCUGGUGCUGAAGUACAAUAAACAGAGGAAAGGUCUUGUCAACAUCGCCAUUGACGAUCCAAGUUCCCCAUUCUACGCCCUCAGGGACCGUCAAGGCAAUGCCAUAGGAGUGACAGCGUGUGACAUAGAUGGAGAUGGACGGGAGGAGAUUUAUGUCCUUAACACCAACAAUGCCUUCUCUGGACGGGCAACGUAUUCUGACAAGCUGUUCAAGUUUCGCAACGGACGCUUCGAGGACCUGCUGAACGACGAUAUAAACGAGCACCGGGAUGUGGCCAACCCCAUGGCCGGGCGCUCUGUGGCCUGCGUGGACAGAAAGGGUAAAGGCCGUUAUGCCAUCUACAUUGCCAACUAUGCCAGUGGAAAUGUGGGACCUCACGCUCUAAUAGAGAUGGACGAGGCAGCCAGCGACCUCUCGCAAGGAGUUAUUGCCCUCUCCAAUGUUGCAGAACAAGCAGGAGUUAACAAACUAAUUGGUGGGAGAGGUGUCGUGGUGGGACCGAUUGUUAGUCAGACUCUAUCUGAUAUCUUCUGUGACAAUGAGUAUGGAUCCAACUUCCUGUUCAGGAACAACGGUGAUGGAACAUUUACUGAUGUGGCGCAGCAGGCUGGAGUGGAGGACCCCAUGCAGCAUGGCAGAGGGGUGGCCCUGGCAGACUUCAACCGUGACGGCAGGACUGACAUUGUCUACGGGAACUGGAAUGGACCUCACCGCCUGUACAUACAGCUUAAUAACCGCAAACAGAAAUUUAAGGACAUUGCCUCCCAGAAGUUUUCCAUGCCAUCCCCUGUUCGGACUGUUAUUGCUGCAGACUUUGAUAAUGACAAUGAGUUGGAAGUCUUCUUCAAUAACAUCGCCUACAGAGGACCCUCAGCCAAUAGACUCUUUAGGGUAAGCAGGAGAGAGCACGGGGAUCCCCAGAUAGAAGAGCUGAAUAUUGGAGAGGCAGCAGAGCCUGAUGGACGAGGAACUGGAGCCAUAGCCACAGAUUUUGAUGGUGACGGCCGUCUGGAAUUAGUGGUGUCCCAUGGUGAAAGUGCAGCACAGCCACUCUCCGUCUACAAGGUCAACCAGGGCCCCACUAACUCAUGGCUCCGAGUGAUUCCCCGGACCAAGUUUGGAGCUUUUGCCAGAGGAGCUAAAGUGGUUGUCUACACAAAGAAGAGUGGCCCACACACACGGAUUAUUGAUGGGGGCUCAGGGUACCUGUGUGAGAUGGAACCUGUUGCCCACUUUGGCCUUGGUAGGGAUGUGGCUACAAAUGUUGAAGUGUACUGGCCAGAUGGGCGCUCAGUAGCCCGUCCUCUGGAGCCUUCAGAGAUCAACUCAGUGCUGGAGAUCCCCUACCCAAAAGAUGAGGAGGUCACUCCUACUGUGGAAAUAGAGUGUGGUCACGGGUUUGCUCUAAAUGAGUAUGGCCGUUGCACAGAUAAAGAUGAAUGCACCCAGUUCCCCUCUGUGUGCCCCUCUGACCGCCCCAUCUGCACUAAUACCUAUGGCAGCUAUAAAUGCCGUGCCAAGAAGAGAUGCAACCAGGGCUUUGAGCCCAAUGACGACGGGUCUGCCUGUGUGGCCCAGGUGGCUUACUUUGGAAGGACACACUCUUCUGGGGAAUGUAAUGCUUUCCGUAUGCUCACUCUCGCUCUGCUACUCCUCAUCUCUACUCCUAUGCAGAUUGGACUGCUGUAGCUUUAUUCUUUUUUUCUCCUCUUUACUGCUGAACGCAGAUGUAUAGAAACUUUGUGCGCACUUUUCUCUGACAAAUAUCCUCCUCCUUCUCUAUGAUACCCUGCUGUCUUUUCUUCAUUGGUUACUGUACAUACAGCCUUGCCUUGUAACCAGUGCUGUAUUUCAUCCUGUGGCUCCCAGCCUCCUCUGGGAGCUUUGCAGUGAGCUACAGAGAUCAGAACCGUCACCUGUGAAGACCUGAUUUCAUUGUCUGGCAUUAAAAGUGUGUCCUGGGCUGAGUCCAAGUCAAUAGGGGAAGCUUAUCCACAUAUACGGAGAUGAAUCCACAGAGCAUGUGACGCCCCAUCUGUAUCUCUGCAAUACCACAAUGCUAAUCAUCACAUAUCACUCUCAUCUUGAUUAUGUGUUUACAGAGAAGCAUAUGAGCAAAAAGCUUUAGGUUUGGUGUAUAUUUAUGUCUGUGUGGGCGACAUGUGUGUGCGCCUGAUUAUUCACGGUCCAAGAAAGCAUUCAGGUACAGAAACAUACGCCGGACCAUCUGCCACCAAUGGCAGGGCACAUUUCUUAUUAUUUUUUUAAUGAAUGAUUAAUAAAGUAAAACAGAAGAUGAAUGCAUGACUGUGUGUGGGCGGGCAGACACAUAUGUAAGACCGCCUCUGAUGUUUUGAAUGUGCUGUAACAAGAAACAAACACUGAAAUUAUAUUAUUAGAAGGUGUCAGGAAGACUAACAUUACUGGGAAAAAAACAACUGAGUGGCUUCAAUGUUUGCUGUUUUUUCACACCAGCAUCACAGUGUUUUGAACAUUUUUAUUACACAUCCCAACUUUAUCUGUAAGUUUACAUUGUUCAUCCUUGCUUUUAUGAGCCUAAGCCAUAUACCUGAACUGAAAACAGUUUAGAUUUGUCCCUGAGAAGGUUUUGUGCCAUUGUCGGUAACUUUUCAGCAAUCAUACCUUUUUAUAUAGAGUUGACAGCUAGCUAUAAAACAAGUAGAAAGUGUUUUUGUUCUGAAAAUAGGUAUGCUCAAACAAGUUUUGGCAUUGCUAUGUUCAGAGAAAUUGAAAAAUUCUAUACUUUGGCUAAAAGAUAUGUCCAAAAAUGGAAGAAAGGAAGAUGAUGACAUCAUCUUGACUGACAGCUUGACAUUUCCUUGUUAAUUCGGCAGGCAAGCAUCAGUUCAUGCACGCACUACAAGGUGAAAAAGUAUUUGUAACAGAAAUUUGAGCUCUCUUUCAUUUUUAAGGUACUAUAUGGAAUAUUCAUGCUGUGGGACUUAAAGCUGUUCUCUGACAAGAUGAUCUCAAAUGUCCUGAGUGAGGUUGAAGCUCGUUCUUUAUGAAGAUCUGUACAUUAAUAAAAAUUGAUUUAUUGUGUUCUUUUCUUUAA